UGUACUUAACAGGGUAUAGGAUAGGUGUGUUUGUGCUCAUGUGUGUUUGAGGGCCGUUACGGGGGGGUGGGGGGGGGGUCUGUAUCUAUACCGCAGGGAGCGCGGUUGAAUCGCGGCGCGCGCCUCGCCUCGGAUCUCCUCUUCCUGCCGUCACACCCACCGCUCGGUGUGGAGGGUUCACCCCGGAGAGGAGGGGAGGACCCACAGCGGCAGAGAGUGCUGCAGUGCGAGCGCAGCGGGAGACUCGCGAGCGGAGAGAAUAACACACACACACGCACGCACACACACACACACACGAACACCACAGACUCACGCACACCAGCAAGCCUAUUAUUGUCGAAACUUGGUUCUAUGGAGAGAUCUGCAGCGACGCCGUAGCGACGCAGGCCGACAUGGAAGAGUAUUUGCGGAGGGUCCAGAGGAGGCUCGGGGCAGACGCAUCAGAGGAUCCCGUCCAUGCGGUUUUGGGCGGACCAGAUCCAGAUGUGGACACUGUAGCUGCAACGCUGUGCUUAGCGCUGCACCUCGGCCAGAAGGACCUGUCAGGUGGAGUGUGUGUGCCGGUGCUGUGUGGUUGGAAGUGUGACGCUGCUUUGCCCGGCGAGACGCUCAGGUAUCUGCAGAGAGUAAAAAUCAGUGAGAGCUCACUGCUGUGGAGGGAGGACGUGGACCUCAUGACGCUUCACCGCAGCGGAAAACUGUCACUGACGCUGCUGAGAGAAGGACUGCUGGAUGGCUCUGAGUAUCACACUCUGGAGUCCAGCGUCCUGCGUGUGGUCCAUCACGACGGGCAGCAGGACGCAGAGGAUGAUGGGGCAUCGUCCGCCGUGACAACAGUCGCCAAGGAGAUUCUUCAAGAAGCAGCGGAGCACGUCGGAGCAGCGCUAGGGGAGACACUCAGAGAAGCCUUGCUGCUGCAAAGUGAAGCUCUCUGGAUCAAACACGGCCGUCGGUCUUCACAAACGGAGGAGAUCUUGAGAUCUUUGGAGCGUCGGAGUGAUGUCACUGCGGGUCGGCAUGCUGAGGCCUCGCUACAAGACUUGGAGCAGCAGCUGGCCGUGGAGCUGAAGGAGUUUUCUGAUGGAGAGAUGACCGUCGCGCUCGCUUCAGUCACCACGGAGAAGGAGGACUGGCACAAUUAUGUGGACGUGCUGAAAUCCUUCAGUCAUCGUCAUGACUACGAUGGCUUGGUGGUUCUCCUGUCAGUCGAUGACACUCUUCAUCAUCCUCGCCAACAGAUGGCCGUCUACUCAAGCAACGCAGAUAUCCUAAACCAGAUCUGCUGUGAGUUGGAAGAGUGCUCCAGCUGGUCUCUUUCUGGUGAACUGGAGGCCAAGCAGAGUUUCCAAUUAUACCACAUUCCUAUAAACACCACCUUAUCGUCUGGUACUCCUCCUCUGCUGGUGGAAGAAAUACAGGGCCUCCUCAAAGACUUUGUGGACAGGCGGAGCUCUGUCUUAGCCUGCCAUCCCAGCAGCAGGACCUCUUCCACGGAGGGGGUGGCAGGCAGCGUGGAGUUCUCCCAGGGAUCAUCUGGGAUUAAUGACAUGGAUGGUUCUGACAUAGAGAGAGCUGAAGAAGGCAGCGGAGAUGUAGUGGCAAUAGCAAGGGUGAUCACAGAGGGUGAAGAGGACACAGGAGGUGUAGGAGCUGGUGCCGGUGGGGAGCUCGUGAGCCCUGACAGCGGUAUGACCACCAUCCGGAGUAGUCGCUCUUCCAAGGAGAGCUCGGUUUUCCUCAGUGAUGACAGUCCAGUCGGUGAGGUCGCAGCAGCUGGACUGCCAGCAGUGGGACUCUUCAUGAGAAACCCCUCUCUGGGCUUGCCAUCCCUCUCCCCUCCUGUCCCGCCUGAGAGGAGGAAGCACCGCUCUAGCCGAAACAAGAGUGACUUUGACCUGUUCAGUUUCGACCCCCUGAAUAAUGGCAACCACCCUGUGCCAACGGGAGGAGAAUCGGCAAACUCUUGUGCAAAAGGAGACGAAAAAGGAAGCAGAGCAGGGAGCGACAGCUUGUCAGAACUUGAAGAGCUGAGCUUUCUGGAUUUUUCCGCUCCUAAUUCGUUUGGCCGAAAUUCUUCAAUUGACCACCAAGGUCAAGUAUACGGGAAUGACAUGAUGGACACUGUGGUCCCUCCUACUCCAGUCAACAGCGUUGUAGGUAGCCGCCCGCCCAGCAGUUGUGGGGUCAGGUUUUUCCCAGAAGAUGUCGUUGAAAGGAUAAAUGGCCUGCAGCAGAAGGAUAGUGUGUCAUCGUCAUUGUCGGAGACCUGGGAUGAACUCGGCUUUGACUCACAUGGAGCAUUGUCAUCGAGCGAUAGCAACGCCUGGAUUAGGAACAAAGAACGUGAGAGCCCAGAGAAUAUCCUGGAGGAUGGGACUGAACUAGACAGCGGAGAGGAGAUCUUACAUUCUGAGAAUGCCAACCAAAGAGGAAAGACCCUCGAACCCCAGCUGAGUCUGAUCACCGAGCAGACUGAAUCGUGCGACAACUGGAAUCCAGAGUCUGUACUUAAGGAUCAAUGGAAUCCUGUCACUUUGUCUUACCUGCAGUUGACUCCACCGGAGGAGGAAGUGACUGGAAAGUGCAGGGCUGGUUUCGUUGCUGAGAAGGAACAAACAUCCCUGUUGCCAAGAAAGAAAGCUAUCUUAAACACUUUAACACCAGACACGUCGAAAGAAGAGGAUGAAGGGGUACAAGGGAAAAAAGGAAACAAACAAAUGGAACUCCUAGACUUUUGGACGUACUCAGCCCAGAAGGGAUUUCUCAAAUCAGAUAGCGGGACCACCGCGUACUACCCGGAAUCUCUAGAUAUGUGGAAUAUGACAAUCCGAGAUGACAGUCUUUCACCUCUCACCACCCCGGACAACUUCUCGGAAAACUCUGGUUCUUUCUGCGGGAUGAACCCCAAUCUCGGACCUAGCACAUCCGUGGAAAGUCCAGUUGGAUUCUCUGAAGGUGGAAUGGCGAUGUGGAACACCACCAUACUGGAAGACAGCUCCUCCACAAUAACAAGCCCUGAAGGACCUGAAAAUGAAAAGGACCCUAGCCGCACAGGAUCGUUGGAUUCUCCUGAGUCACAUCUAAGCGUAAAGGCAGGAGAAGAGAAAGUGGAAGACGAGGAGAGAUGUAUCUAUAAAGCGGUGAAGACUCUUGAUGACGUUUGCCGAAUAGGGACUAAACACAACGUGAAAAUUGUCAUAGAGGCGGCCGAAGAGGAAGAAACAGAUGACAAUGACUUUGAGGGUGUUCAGAGCCAAAAGCAAGAUGUGCAGAACUCGGCAUCUGAACAUUCAGAAGAUGGGACGUCCACAUAUCAUGCUGACAUUUGGGACUUACCUGUUCCUGACAUGCCCACUUCCACAUCAGAAUAUGACAAUGUCGGAGAUUGCACUUGGAGCCUUUCAUCCUCCCCUGAGACCUGUGCUAGUCCCGAUGUAGACAUGAUACAGCUAGAGGGUCAGUCCAGCCCCUUUGUAGCUGUGCCUCAGUUCAAUCAGAUCGAUGAAGCCAGAGCAGAAAUUACAGCCAAAGACGAGACGCCCAACCAGGUGUUCCUGUUUGAGGGAACUAGUGGCUUGGAUCACUUUAUUAAGGAUGGGGGAAGUUGUGGUGCAAGUAAGUACGACAACAAAAGUGGGGAAGGAUCAGGGUUUUCUGCCUGGAAAGAGCACUCAGGUGAUCAAUCCCCGUUUCUUUUGGUGAACUGCUCAACUGUAAAUCCUGCCACUUCAGUCAAUCCCGAUUUAAGUCGAGGGGAAGCUGAUGAGACUCGAACCCAGGCUGACCAGUCACCUUCCUCGAGCCAUGUCGAUUGGGGCAAUCUUGUUUCCAAGAAAGCUGACGGCUCUGAAUCAGUGUCACCAUAUGACCUGCCGAUCAGGCCUCUCUCUGAAAGCCAUGUCAGUCCAAGCAAUGACAUCACAUGUGUGGGGGAGGGUAAAACAGCAGAAUCCAUGUCUCUGAGCUCCAGCUCUGGAGGGGAGAAAGACACACUGAAAUGUAGCCCUGAUAACCUUCACCCAGGUAGCAGUGACGAACUCAGGUCCAAUUCUGACGGCGAUUCAUCGUCGUGCCUCGAAAUGGACUACAUCAUUGUGUCUGGCACGGUUAAAGAAGCCGAGAGAGAGUGGGAUGAUAGGCAUUCAAAAGGACCAAAAAAGACAAUGGAAACAUUUAGCAUGCUUUCCUAUGCUGCCACAGUACUGAAAGCCCAGGCCCAAGCUUCACGGAGAGAGCAUCAGGAGAACACAGAACACAGCAGCCAAAAACAAAGCGUUGAAUGUGAACUUAGUACGGAUACAGCAAGACGCCAAUCUGUCUCAUCCUCUCAUUACCAAGAAAGUCUUAAAAAUAAUACUGAGCAUCAAGAAAUGGUCGGUCCAAGCCGUUCAAAAAGUGACGCUGAGGCUGUUCAUCAAUCGGAUUCAAGACCAACAGGUUACAGUCCAACACAAGCAGAACAAGGAAACUACGAUGACAAAUCAGGCGUUGUGGCAAGAAGUGUGUCUCCGUCGUUAAGAUAUCCAUCAGACCACUUCCUGAAAACCAGAGAGGAAGUUUACGUCCAUUCACAGAUCUCAAUGGAAGAUUCAGACGAGGGUGGGCAGUCACCCUCCGCACCUCCAUGUCCUACGUCUUUGGGCGACUUUCAAGACUGGAGGGGUCAAACCGCAUCUGAACCACACUCCCCUGCGUUGACCAACAGCUCAAUCUCCCACACCAGCUCUUUUGUCGGCACCCCAUUGAGUGAAUCGGGUAUUUCAAAUGACAGAGGGCUUGGUUUACCAUUUUCUGGAGACUUAAUGGAGGAUGAGAACGACGAGGAAGAGCAGGAAGAGGAAACUGAAGGACACCAGCCAGGAGAAUCCUCUGAUCUGCUGAGUUUCACCGAGGAGCUGAUUGGAGGGUCUUCAUGUCAAAAAAACGAUUUACAAACAUCUGAACCAAAGAGUACGAUGGAUUACCACAACAAACAACUACUGAGAACUGUUGAUGAAAGACAGAUUGGAGACCUUGAAGCUUGUCAUGACAGCUAUUCACCUGAUUUAAGAAGACACCAAGUGGUCACAUCACAACCUUCCUCUGAGCCGACCAAUGAGGACGCUGCAUACCAGUGGACGGGAGGUCAGACUGUAACUCAGGGUCAAACCCAACAUGGCUACAACUACCACCACAUCGACCAAAGAACUGAACACCAGGGUGCCCUCUCCGCCUGCGUAGGGUCUAAAUCCAACAUCCAACAAAACACCACAGACGUCUACGCUGAGUUCACAACCGACGCAACGUCUGCACGCUGCGGAUCUGCGCAGGCCGAGGGUUAUUAUGAACAUGGAGUCGAUGAAGAGUGCAGCUCUGAUGAUCCAGGAAACAAGUUCAAAUACACAGCUGAAAGCCAGUAUGGAGAUGGCUCUGGAUCCACGUUCACCUCUGAAGUCCAGUGCUCCCAGUAUCAAGCUGACGGUCAGGGUCAGUACGAGUCAGAUCACGGUAGUUACCAAUUUGACGGACAGCCGCUCGACCAAUCAGAUGUCCGACCCAAGAGGGAGGAUCAUGCCCGUUAUGUGCCAGAGGGAUACGUUCACUUUCUCGUUACAAGCAGCAGACACUCCCAACAGGAAGACGAUGCAGAAGGGAUGAUGAUGAUGAAGACGGCCUCCAGCGAGGAAGCUGCUGAGGAGAUGGAUAACAGAGAAGAUCCGUCCUCGUCUGCUGAUCUGUCGGGCGGGUCCAAUCAGAGGAGAAAGCUGGCAGCGCCGCCUAUGGACGUGUCUUUGGACCGCAGUGAGGGGUCUCUUCUGUCGGAGGACGCUCUGGACACGGAGGACGAGGCUUUGGAUACGGGAGACGACCUGGAUGUCAACAUAGACGAGCUGGACACGUCUGAUGAGGCCGAGGAGUUCGACCAACACGGAGACUCAGAAGAGCCUGAUGUGGGCGCAGGAGCGGCGUCGAGUGAAGCUGUGGCAGGACAGCGAGCGGCUGAGGAGAGCCGACUGUGGAGGAGCGUGGUGAUCGGAGAGCAGGAGCAUCGCAUUGACAUGAAGUGCAUCGAGCCGUACAAAAGAGUCAUUUCUCAUGGAGGUUAUUACGACCAACAAAACGCCAUCAUCGUGUUUGCAGCGUGCUUCUUACCGGACAGCAACUGUGACAAUUACAAUUACGUCAUGGAAAACCUUUUCCUGUAUGUGAUCAGUACCUUGGAGCUCAUGGUCGCAGAAGAUUACAUCAUAGUUUACCUGAACGGCGCCACACCUCACAGGAGGAUGCCGGGUUUUUCGUGGAUGAAGAGGUGUUACCAAAUGAUAGACAGAAGACUGAAGAAAAACCUGAAAAUGUUCAUCAUCGUCCACCCGUCCUGGUUCAUACGGACUCUGCUGGGGAUCACCAGACCCUUCAUAAGCUCAAAGUUCAGCAGCAAAAUCAAGUAUGUGAAUAGUCUGCAGGAGCUCGGAGAAAUCAUCCCGAUGGAGUACGUUCACAUUCCACCCAGCAUUGUCAAGUAUGACGAGGAGAGGGCUGUUCACAAAUAUGCAUGCCUGAGACUGGAUACAGAAUUACAAGACACAGCGGUAAAAGCCGAUAAGAGAGGAAACUCUGCUGUGUGACAACUUGAAGACACGUGGCUGCUGCCUCUCUCCUCCCUGCAUCGUGCUGCGGCCUAAAGCGGCGUCUCUGAAUAUAAGUCAGCCUCCAGCAUGACGUGUGUGUGGCACAUUGUUGACACUCCAACAACUAGCAUCAUGGGGUAAGAAAAGGAAAGUGCUGCGGUAUAUAACAGCAGGACGUCACUUGGAAAUGAAGGAGGAAAGUAUGGAUGUGAGGUCGCUGAACACAACACUGUAUUCACAGAGCAGAGACUUUUCCCCGUACUACGACCUUUCACACAACUGGAUUUUUGUUCCUUAUUUGGGAGCUGUUGUUUUCUUUGACGUCAUCUUUGGAGGGAUUACUAACUGGCUUUGCUAAAAAUCCAUGUACUAGUCCAACUUGUCUGUUGCUCUGCACCCGUUUGAACCCAUUGUUACAGUCAGUGUGGAGGUUAUCUGAGCCCACGGCAAGGCUGUUUCAACUCAUAACCAAAUCCAUGUAAACAGAUGUUCAGUAACAGCCUGUGUGCUCACAAAUCAACACUUGUGUUCUCAUCAGAGAGCCCUGUAGCUCUGACUAAAAUGUUGGUAUCUUACCAGGGCUAAUAACAGGUAGUCGAGGUUUACAAAAAUGUGACUCCCACACAGAAGUAGGAGGACUGUACGAGCCUGUUUGGGGUGACAUUUAAACUAGCUUGGUAUGUUACUGUGGGGAUUUCCAUUCUUUGAGUUACUUUCCAUCUCCACAGGCUGUCAGUCAGUCGGCUGUACUAUUAACACUGUAUAUCACUGUGAGGGAAAAAACACAACAUGAAAUCAUAAAGGUAGCAAAAUAGCAGUUAUCAGUAGCUGCAAUAAUGUGUUGCAUGCAUUUAGUAGGUACAGCUUGAGAUCGAGAGUCACAGAAAAGCAGAAUUGUAACUUUGUUCUUGUUUUGUUUGGGUUGUGUUUGUAUGUCUGUGUGUAAGAAAGAGAGAGGAGGGGGGAUGAAGAAGUUCUGUUGUGUAGUUCACCGAUGGUCAUGAUGAUACAGUAUAGACGGUGCCUUCUCUUCUAUUUUUUUUCUUAUAUUUGUACACAUUUGUUUUUGGCUUGCAAAGUAUUAAUUUAUUGGAAAAUAUGUAAACGCUUUUUCUUCAUUAAAAAUAUUUGUUCCUC